AUGCAUGCGUUCCUCACCGAAUGGUUUUAUUAUCUCUCACCUUUUACCCGUUCUCUGACUGCAGCCUCGGUCUGUCAGUCACUCUUUUGCGGUCAGGUCAAGCUCAAUUUCCUUCGGAUCAGAUACUCAAAAAAUCACGCCAACAGCACACCGCGGACUACAUCUCCAUCUGGAUCCGACGUCCAACCGCCCCGUGACACGCCAGUGGUCAAGCCGCUCGACACCUCGCCAUUCCCAUUCGUUUCAGCUCUUUUCGCGAUCCGAACCCCCCCCGACGACCACCACUCCGUCGCCAUGGCGUCCAGAAUGAAGGGGCUGGAGCAGGAGGCCUGA